AUGGCGGCCGAAGGGGGGGGGGGGGGGUGGAGGGAGGCGGCGCGCAAAGCACGCCGGGAGGAAGGUCGACGCGAGGCGCUAUUGGAGGGAAUGGGUCGGCUGCGGCCCUCCUGGCGGCGCGCAAAGCACGCCGGGAGGAAGGUCGACGCGAGGCGCUAUUGGAGGGAAUGGGUGAGGCGCAAAGCACGCCGGAAGAAGAGCGGUGCACGCCGGGGAGUUGUAGUUCCGGCCGCGGCGGCGGCGGCGGGAUGGGGGGGGAAUGAGGCGGCCGCCGGUCCCGGAGGAGCCUUGGGGCAGCCGGGUCCCCCCCAAACCCGAGGGUCAUGUCGGGGUCCCCCCUCCCCUCGUCGUCGUCAGCGGCGGGGGGGGGCGGCGGGGGGGGGGCUUUACCAUGAGCGGCAGCGCCUGGAGCUCUGCGCCCUCCACGCCCUCAACAACGUCCUGCAGCGGCCCUGCUUCACCCAGGAAGCCGCCGACGAGAUCUGCAAGAGGUUGGCCCCCGACGCCCGCCUCAACCCGCACCGCAGCUUCUUGGGCACCGGUAAUUACGACGUCAACGUCAUCAUGGCAGCGUUGCAAAGCCUGGAGCUGGCGGCCAUUUGGUGGGACAAACGCCGGUCGCUGGAGCGGUUGGCGCUGGGACAGAUCCUGGGUUUCAUCCUCAACGUCCCCUCUCACGUCUCGCUGGGUUUCAUGGCGUUGCCGUUACGCCGUAAGCACUGGUUGGCCGUACGGCAGCUCCGCGGCACCUACUACAACCUCGACUCCAAACUCCGGGCGCCCGUCGCCAUCGGCGGCGAGGCCGAGCUCAGGGCUUUCCUGCGGGAUUUCCUCUCCCAAGGGCUCUGCGAGGUUUUCCUCGUCGUGCCGCGUGCCGUGGAGGAGGCCGGCGCUUGGCUGAGCCCCGAGUGACUCGUCACACGUGCCGACGGGUGACACCGCCCUCCCUCUGCUUCGGGGUGAAACCGUGACGCUUUGGGUCUUUAUCCAGGCACCGCUCAUCCGCGGCGGCGGGUUGUUAGAACACGAACCCGGUUUCGGGGAGCCGCGGGGACCCCGGAGCACGCGCCCGCUGUCACCGUGCCGCCGCGGCGCUUCAAUUUCCCGAUUUCGCCCCGAUUUCGCGCGCCGGUUUUGCUUCCCUCCGUCACCGGGUGUGCGACGGGGGUGCGGGUGUUGUAGAGGGGUGACGGUGGUGGUGGUGGGGGGGGGGGGGGGGGGGGAAGGGGCGCGUCGCACGCCGCUUGCGCGUGUCGUACGCUCGGUGAACGCGUGUCACGCUGCUGGUACCGGUUGCGCGCGUCCCACCCGUCCCCGCCGCUUGCGCGUGGCCGGCGUCCCGUGUCACGCGCCGCUUGCGCACGUCGCGCACCGGUCGCGCACCUGGCGCUCCGCUUGUGCAUGCCACCCUCCCGCCGUCCCCGUCAACGCGUGUCACGCGCCGUCACGCGUCUCAACACGCCGGUGGUUGCGUGUCACCCGACGCUUGCACGCCUUUCCCGGCUCUUGCGGGGUCGUGUCUCCGGCGCCGUGGCCGCAUCCGGAGCCGGGUUAUUCCCAGCCCUUCCUGGUGCUGGAUUUCAGUCCGCGGCGUUGCGGUGUCAUGUCUCGUGGCUCUUUGGCACUUGGCGUGACCUCGGGGGUGGCACCCGAAUGGGCUUAAUUACUCACAAAAAAGUGAUUAAAACUGCCGGUUUACA